GCACUUUUCCAAACCAUCACUUAUCCCCAUAUAACACAGAGUUUUACAAGUAGCCAUGGCUAGUUCUUUAGUGUUAGCUUACUCUUGUAUAAUAAUGAUAACAUGUUUGCUUGUAGCUUUUGAUUUUGCUUGCGCUCAACCAACAAGAGCUUUUUUUGUUUUUGGUGAUUCAAUAGCAGACAAUGGCAACAACCAUUUCUUAGCAACAACAGCUCGGGCCGACACUCCUCCAUAUGGCAUUGACUUUCCUACACACAAACCUUCUGGACGUUUUUCUAAUGGCCUAAACAUUCCUGAUUUAAUCAGCGAACAACUUGGUUUAGAACCAACUCUUCCGUAUUUGAGUCCCUGUUUAGUUGGAGAAAAACUUUUAGUUGGUGCUAAUUUUGCAUCUGCGGGAAUUGGGAUCCUCAACGACACUGGAAUUCAAUUUCUAGACAUCUUGCACAUUGACAAACAAUUGAAGCUAUUCCAUCAUUACCAACAAAGAUUGAGUGCACAUAUUGGUGCAAAUGAAGCUCAAAAACUAGUCAACAAAGCACUUGUACUCAUUGUUCUUGGAGGCAAUGAUUUUGUCAACAAUUAUUAUUUGGUCCCAUUUUCAGCAAGAUCUCGUCAAUUUUCUCUACCAGACUACGUGAGCUAUCUCAUAUCUGAGUACCGCAAAAUUCUAAAGAAGCUUUAUGAUUUGGGAGGUCGUAAGGUACUUGUAACGGGUACUGGACCAAUGGGGUGUGUUCCUGCAGAACUAGCAAUGAGAAGCAGAAAUGGUGACUGUGAUGUAGAACUUGAGAGAGCAGGGUCAUUAUAUAAUCCACAACUUGUUCAAAUGAUUAAAGGACUCAACCAAGAGAUUGGCGCUGAUAUCUUCAUUGCCGCUAAUGCACAUCAAAUGCACAUGGAUUUUAUUUCCAACCCUCAAGCUUUUGGAUUUGUUACAUCAAAGGAAGCUUGUUGUGGACAAGGCCCGUACAAUGGAAUUGGACUUUGUACACCCCUUUCCAACUUGUGCCAAAAUCGAGACCUUUAUGCAUUUUGGGAUUCAUUUCAUCCAUCUGAGAAAGCUAGCCGAAUCAUAGUUCAACAGAUUUUGACCGGUUCUUAUGAGUAUAUGCACCCUAUGAAUCUUAGCACUCUUUUAGCUAUGGAUUCCAUGGUUUGAUCGAUUGAAUUACAAGAUGCUUAUGCUUAUGUGUGGUCAUAUUAUAUUUUGCAUUUACUACAUUAAGUUUUGUCCGUUUGAUAAAUGACAAUGAUGACUGUUAGUUAGUGUCAUGUAUGGUUCUAAAUAUGCUAGCUUUUAUUUCAAAAUUGCAAUUACUCUAUUGCCGAUAAUAAAAUGUUUUAUUCUUUAAAUUGUUACUAUGUGAUA